AUGAAGAGCAGACACGCUGCCCUACCCGGGUUACAAGCUGCCGCAGCGCUCUACCUCGCGCGCACCUCUGAAGCCAAGAUCUUUUGUGCCGAUGCUAAUCGCACCGUGGUCCCGGAAGCGAAUUGCGACAAUGUUCAAGCCCUGAAAGAGUUCUUCGUUUUUGGCAAAGACGUCACAGACAUAGCCCCAGGCACACAGGUCGAGCCGGAAACCCACAUCUACGAUGCCUCCGACGUAAUCAUGCGCCAAAACGCAAAGUAUCCGCCGCCAUCAAACGCUUCACCCCCCCUCAAGCCUCGGACUUUGCAAUCGCGGGACGACUGGGUUUGUGACACUGAUUCCCCCGAUUUUGUCAACGUUUUGGUGCUAGGAUAUAUGACCCGUCGUCCCUGGUGGGGGCCAGCGGGUACUACCAUUGGUGUCUUCGGCCGCGGCCCCGGUAGUUUAGGCGGCUAG